AUGCCCGAUCCACCUCAGCCCACCCAUCCUCUUCCCAACGCCGCCCCCGUCGAGGCUAUCCAGCCUGGCCUAGCGGAGGCCUCCUCCCCUCCAGCACCGCUCGAACGGCGCACGUCCCGUCUUGCCAAGCUCGCGCUGACCCGCUCGACCGACGCCCACCCGCCUCAUCAUGCCCACUUUGACAUGCCGGAAGGGGGACCCGGUACACCCGUCGACGCACACCACUAUGCGGAAUCCCCGCUGCAUGAGCCGCAUCAUCGGCGCGGGUCAGAGAAGAGGCAUAAGCCUGUGAUUGAUAUCGAACAUGUGCCCGUGGAUGAUGAUCCACGGGAUUGGCCAGAUAGCAAGAAGAACUUCGUCAUGGUGCUGUUGACGGUAUCUGUGCUUGGACCGCUGAUCGCACCAAGUAUCUACAAUCCGGUCAUCGACGAGGUGCAGCAAGAUCUGAAUGCAUCUUCAACGCAAAUUGGUCUCAGUAUCUCAAUGUAUAUCUUGUUUCAAGGAUGCGUACCAGUCUUGUGGGCAUCAAUAGCGGAAAUCACCGGUCGCAAGAUCGUCUACUUGGUAUCCUAUGCUAUCUACUUUGUCGGAUCUCUUGUCGGAUCAAGAGCAAAUAGCAUGCCACUGUUUAUCGUCAUGCGCUGUCUGCAAGCGUGUGGCUCUUCAGCUGUCGUAGCUGUCGGUGCGGGCUCUCUGGCGGACAUGUUCGAGGUGCAUGAGCGGGGACAGAAGCUGGGGGUGUUUUACGGGAUGCCACUAGUAGGACCCGCCAUUGGUCCGCUCAUCGGCGGAGGUCUGGGAAGUGCAUUCGGAUGGCGCUCGGCCCUUUAUUUCCUCGCUGCCUACGCUGCCGUGGUCGGUCUCCUCUUCCUCGCUUUCCCCGACACCUGGCGCCGAGAACGAUCUCGUGUCUAUCAAAAAGCAAUGGAAGACGCCGUCAAGCGCGCCAUCCACAACGACGAGGCCAAAGACAAGAAGCGCGCCCGCAAAAUCAGUCGCGGACUAUCGUCAACAGCCACUACGCCCCCGACGACAGGUUUCCCUAGUCCCGCUACAAGCAGGAGGGGGAGCAUGGUGGAUGUGUCUUCUGGAGGUGGCGCCGAUGUUGCAGUGGCGGUAGAUGAGGAGAAAGGGCAGGUGGUGGUGAAGCGGAAGUGGUGGCAGUUUGGGAAGCCAAAAGUGGAGGAGGAGCAUGAGAAGAUCAAGCCGGGGUGGAGGGACGUCAACCCUUUCCCGACCAUGCUGAGUAUCUUCCGUCAGCCAACGAACGCGGUGGUACUCUUUGCUUCUGGUAUCCUCUUUGCCGCCCAGUACACCAUUGUCUAUACGGCCUCGAUCACCCUCGCUGCCGCGCCAUACUCGUACAACGCCCUCAACAUCGGUCUGGUCAUCCUCAGCUUUGGCGCGGGAAGUAUGGUCGGCUCGAUCGGUGGUGGGCGGUACAGCGACAUCAUCCUGCGCAAGCUGAAGGAACGGAACUGCGGUGUAUCUCAACCUGAAAUGCGCCUCAAGAGCACCAUCCCGGCUGUACCCCUCGUGGUUGCCUCCUUCCUCGCUUAUGGAUGGACAGCGGACCGCAAAGUUCACAUUAGCGCUACCGUCGUCACCCUCUUCUUCUGCGGUCUUACCUUGAUGAUGAUCUACGCCUCGACCCUAGCCUACCUUGUCGACUCCAAUCCCGGCCGCUCCGCCGGCGCAGUCAGCUGCAAUUCGUUCGUUCGUGGCUCGCUCGGCUGUAUCCUAUCGCAAGUGGCCAUUCCGAUUCAGAACGCUAUUGGGGACGGAGGGCUGUACUCGAUAGUGGCCGGCCUUUUGGCGAUCAGUACGGCUUGCUUGCUGUUCAUUGCCGCAAACGGAGAGAAGUGGAGACGGCCCGAGCAUAGGUGGCCUUGGAACCAGCGGAAAGAUGAAUCAGUGGGAGAUGAGGACGAGGAGAAGGAUAGCGCCAGGGAUAGCAGUUCUCGAGUGGACAGUCCGGUGGCGGACGUGAAGGCACGUCAGUAG